AUGGCAAGCGUCCAUCCAACUGACCGUGAAUCCAACGAAAAUGUGUCUACAUGGAAGGCAGUGACCGAGUGGCUGCCAUUUCCCUUCGGCGACCAUCCAUGGUGGAUGGAUGGCACAACGCGUGUGCCGGACGAAAAGGAGGACAAUCCGCGCCUCUGGCGAGCUGGAGUGAUUAAUAUCUUUGACCAUAAUGGUUUCGACUUUCAGGUCUUCAUCGUCGCCGCAUCGGGCUUCCUCACAGACUCUUACGCCCUCUUCGCAACGAACGUGAUCCUCCCAAUCUUGGCUUUUUUGUACUGGCCAAACCAAACAAACCGCCAGCCCGAACUCUAUAUCAAUGUUGCGACGUUGGCUGGCUCGGCCUUUGGACAAUUACUGUUCGGCUGGCUGACAGACCGACUCGGACGACGGAAGCUUUAUGGGCUUGAAUUAGUCCUGGUGAUUUUUGCCACGCUUGGAAUGUCUCAAGCGUCAACAGGCAUGCACAAAAAUAUGGAUAUUUUGAGUUGGAUUGCGUUCUAUCGCUUUUUCCUCGGAAUGGGGAUUGGCGCGGAGUACCCUCUGAGUGCGGUGAUAACGGCCGAGUUUGCUAGCACGAAAUACCGUGCCCGAAUGAUGGCAGCUGUGUUUUUGAUGCAACCACUGGGACAAUUGCUAGCAGUCGCCGUGGGUUGGGGGGUUAUGGCGGGGCUGAUGCGAUCGCGAGACCUACAAGGAUAUGCAGACCACGGGCCAGCCUUCGAAAAGCUUUCGGUAGAAAAGCAACAGCAGAUUCUCUCGACCUUGGAUAGCGUCUGGCGGUGGGUGGUUGGAGUGGGUUGCAUCCCCGCCCUCCUUGCCAUAGUCUGGCGAUUUUCAAUUCCCGAGUCCCCUCGAUAUACCAUGGAUGUCGCUCAUGACCCUCUACAAGCACUUUCUGCGACAAAACGCCAGUUUCGUCGCACAGCGCGUUUGAUAGAAUCCGAAUCUACGCCACUUGAAGACCGCUAUGAACUCAGGCAAUUAAACCCUAGAGCAAUCACAGAUCAUCCUUCCCCGGCACGAUCACCCCAAUUAGACCGUGAAGAUACUCCGGGCUUUUGGGAUUUCUUCUUUGAACAAGGCAACAUCAGGUAUCUUGCAGCUACAUCCGUCUGCUGGUUCUUGCUAGAUUUCUGCUUCUAUGCACUGGGAAUUAACUCUUCACGCCCUCUUGCUGCUCUCUGGGCGUCCGGCGUUGCCAAUGUUACCACAGUCACCACGCUACCGGCAAGUGUCACUAGCAUCACGAUCCCUGUUACUCAUGCAGUGACUGCCCACGGGAGCAUCUAUAACCUGACUACCUCCAUUGUCGCAGCGCUUCCACCUGUGACAGCCACUUUGACUACUGCUGCGCCUGCCACUUACUCCGGUCUCAAUGUGCCUGACUAUGUGAAUAUCUGGGAUCCUACAUACAACAUGUUCGAGGAAAUAUCGAACAAUGCGAGGUCCUACAUCUACACCAUUUCUAUCAGCUCUUUGGUUGGCAGUGGGCUUCUUAUCUUGUUGAUUGAUUAUAUACCUCGGAAGAUGUGGUUGGUGUGGUCGUUUCUUGUACUGAGCGUUUUGUUUGCCGUGUUGGGGGGUGUCCUAGUAGCCGCUGAAUUUACACCUGGGCAUUGGGCAACUGUGGUUCUUUAUGCGUUGUGUCAGCUGUUUUUCAAUCUCGGACCAAACACUUUGACUUAUAUCAUUCCCACUGAGAUUUUUCCGACUAGAUUUCGCGCCACCUGCCACGGCAUCUCAGCUGCUUGUGGAAAGAUCGGCGCAAUCAUCGUCCUCAUUGUGACCGAGAAAACAAUGAUCAACACAAAUCCCAAGGCCCUAGACAAGUUACUUGGGGUAUUUUCUGUACCUCUAGCCAUUGGUGCGCUAUUUGCAUGGGCUUGGAUUCCGGAACUGCAGACAGCCCCGGUUGAUCCUCCACGGGCUCUCCGUUGGCCUCGACUGCCGAAUAAGAGCCUGGAGCAGCUGGCAAAGGGAUGGACCUACGCGACUGGUACGGAUUUAACACAAGAUCCCUGGACUCAAAUGCCAAGAGGCGAGAAUCAAAGACUAGGCUUUUCAAAGAAGCUAUCUGAUUUGUGGGGUUCUUUUCGAUAUGGUGGCCGACGGAGAGUUUUGACCGCAGAGGUACUUUCUGAGAGUUUGACAACAGCGGAUGAUCAUGUUCUGCCACAAAAUGACCUAAGCGAUUGA